AGUUAACUCUGCUCUUGAACUGUCACCUCUUCUAUUUCAAUAACAAAUGACGCCUAGUGUCACUUCUGCUCCACCCACCGCAAUAGGUAUAUUUGGCCUUGGUCAGUUCGGCUUUGCGAUGGCCAAAAUUUUGGGCGACAAGUACCCUAAAAUUCCUAUUAUUGGUUAUGAUCCAGUUACCAAAUAUGUUGAAUUUAUUCAACGAACAAAAAAACAUCCUAUUUUUCAUAAAGAUGUUGUGCUAAGUCCCCACGUGGUCACAACUUCUGUACAAGGCGAAGUUAUUGAAAAAUCUAAUUUCAUUUUAUUGGCCGUCCCAGGUCAAUAUUUUCGCUCUAUGAUGAAAGAAAUAUGUCCUUUAAUUCACCGAGAUGUCAUUUUCUUAAAUACGGCCAAGGCACUCGAGUCUGGGACCAAUAAAAACAUGAGUGAAAUUGCAGCUGAGGAGCUUGCAAAUUGUUCCCACAAGACGUGGUUUGCGACAUUGAGCGGUGGAAUGAUUGCUGAAGAGAUCACCAAAAACUGGCCUAUCGCUGCCGACGUCGCAUGUGAAGAUAUCAGUGUCGCUCGAUAUGUGGCCGAUUUGCUUCAAACAUCGUAUUUUAAGCUCAAUCCAAGCAAUGACGUAUUAGGCGUCCAAAUGGCAGGAUCCCUGAAGAACGUGAUUUCAAUUGCUGCUGGAUUCUAUGAUGGACUGGGCUAUGAUGUCAGCAGCAAGGCCGCCUUUGUUUCGGAAUCCAUGCGAGAAAUGUACCAUCUUGCAUUGGCGCUCGGUGCCAAGCAUGAAACUUUCGAUAUAGGCAGCCAUGCAUGGAUGGGCGAUGCCCUCACAACCGCCUUCGGAAAAUCCAGAAACAGGUAUUUCGGAGAAUUAAUAGGACAAGGCAUGCCCGUUGCCGAUGCAUUGGAACAGCUAGAAAGUCAACACAAACGUGCUGAAGGAUAUACUACAACAGAAAGUUUUUAUUUACUUUCAAAAAAAUUGAAAUUGAACACACCCAUUUUGGAUAUUAUCUAUAACGUUCUUUUCAAUGGCGAACCAGUCAAGAAAGCUAUUUUAGAAUUUUGGAGUCAUUCCUCACAAAAAACUGUGUAAAGUCCAAACUUUACUGCUUAAAGAUGCAGUACUUCUAAUGUGUCCCUUGCGCACCAUUUGUUUCCUUUAAAUCCGUCGACACCUGAAUACCACGUUCAGGCCAUCGUCUAUGAAAAAGGGUCCAGACAAUAAAAAACUGGCAUCUAGGUGGAGCUGCUCAUGAUUGGCCCUACCUUGUAUUCCGGCCACACCCAAAAUGAGAUCAACUUGUACAAGGUCGCUACAUCAUUAACAUGCUACUGAAAAGAAAUAACCUCCUAUAAAUCGAAAAAAAUAUUUUCUAGAUUUUUUGAAUCCUUUUUAAUAAGUGACAGUUGAGGACUAGUGAAAUAUGCCUAAUGAAUUCAUAUUUCCACGUUUUUUUUUUCUAAUUUAUCCUGAUCUGUCGAGUUGGUGCAAAUGUAUAUAUAAUCGUGGAGAUCGUCUAGUUCCUUCUGAACAUACAAACUCUUUUUGAUGUGUUCACAGAUCGUUUUGGAAUGCUCAAACUUCUUCAAUACGGUUAUCACUAUAUAGCCAUUUUCUUUCGAAACUCUUUGCAUUUCUUUGAUGCCCUCUCUGAAAUUGUCAAAGUUGUGUAUGGCAGUGAGGCAGAGAACCAAGUCAAACAUUUUUGAUCGAAAGGGUAGUCGUUCACCCUGUCCCUUUACAACGCAUCCAUAUGCAGGCGUCUCUUCACUUAUUUGGUGAAUGAGGUUCAUAGAUGGAUCUAAACCAUAUUGAUACCGACAGCAGAUAUUAGAAUACGAAAGCCCAGUCCCACAGCCAACAUCCAGGAACCAAGUGUUUAAAUCUAUUUGUACGUGUGCGGAUAUGGCGGCUAGUUUUCUUUGUUGCUCUUGACCAUGGAGCUGGUUAUAACUUCUGGAAAUUGCGUCGUAAUAGUGUCCCCUGUCCAUCUGUGGAUACGAUUCAAAUUAUGACCAUACGUAGUUUACGCUUGUGCUGGCUAAAAAAUUUUUGUACUGCAAUCAUCGGUUGUGUUUUUUUAAGAAGUACAUUUUUGACGAAUUAUGUGUAUAAAUAAUCAAGCAGGUGUCGCACUCACGGAAAAAAUCUGUUGCAGAUCAUUAGUAUCUAUUUUUGAAAUUUGAAUGUUUUUACCUUUCGUCAGGUAUCGGUACUGGUACUAGAUCGAGUAGUCGAAAUUUUCAGCUAUUAUCCUUUAGAAUAUUUUUGUUAUUUGGCACUUUCAAAUUUUUUUGAUAUUCAGA